AUGGUGGAUCCUGCUGCUUCAUUCAUCGCUGCUCAGGGGGACCUGAGCCUGCCAACUGCCAGCGCUACUCCAGAGACCAUGAGCCUGCCUAGCUCCACCGCAGGCCAAGACAGCCGGAACCUGCAAAGCUCCGACAGCGACAUGGGGUGUCUGCCAAGCCCUGGUCCGCCCCUGACCCCACGCAUUGGUCUCCCUAGAGCUGGGGCGAGCCCGGCGGUUACACCUGAGAGACGUUAUCCAAUGCGUACUCACAGACCUCCCAAGAGACUAUCCCUUUAA